CCGAGGUCCUCUGGCCAGGCGCAGGCGCAGCCCCGCCUCCUUGCCUUCAGCGCCCGCACCGAGCGAGUCGCGUCACGGGGUGUGUGCGGCGCCAUAAUGUGUCCGGGUAGCGGUGAGAAAUGGGCAAGUGGCCGUUCUCUUCUGCGACCCAUUGAGAAUGCCAAGCAAAAGCAUGAGAAUAAUUUAAUAUGAACGUGUAACUAGAGUAUCUACCUUUGACAUGAAAGAUCUACAGAGAAUAUAGGCUUUGGUUACUAUGAUUUGUUUGUAAUGUAGCCAUUUGAUCAAGGUGGCCAUAAACACUGAACAGCAUUGAAGGAUAUUUCUAGCCCUAUAUGGUGAGACACAAAUGGGAAGAACAAGGCUUUUCCUACAAGAUUUUAUUUAUAUUUUGGAAUUGGACAUUUUUUUACUUGUGAGUUAAUUUUCAUAGAUUUGAAAGAUCCACUCAGAUUAAUGUACUGUGCAGCUGUUUAUUUUAGCCUAACUAAAUAUUUUCUGAUCAGCACCUUCUCAACUAAGUACCAGGAAAGUUAUAUAGUCUGAAUGGACAGAGCAGCGUUUGCCUGUUCCACUGCGUUCUUUUAUGAUUACAGCAGCGCAUCUCAUGGUGCAGUCUGCCUGCCCCACGGACAUGUUGACUAUAUUGAAAAAGUAGAAUCGUUCAGUUACUCUGAUUUUUUCAGGGACUAUCUGAUUCCCAACCACCCAUGUGUUUUCUCAGCUAAAUUCACUGAGGGCUGGGGCAGCAGGAGGAAUUGGGUGGCUCGGGAUGGGAAGCCUAACUUUGAUUAUCUACUGCAGCAUUUUGGGAAGGCUGUAGUACCUGUUGCCAACUGUGAUGUCAAGGAAUACAAUUCUAAUCCAAAGGAACAGAUCCCUCUCAAGGAGUACAUAAGUUAUUGGAAAGAAUACAUUAAAAAAAACUACCAUUCACCCCGGGGGUGCCUCUACCUCAAAGACUGGCACUUGUACAGGGCUUUCCCAGAACAAGAUGUUUAUACAACCCCCAUCUAUUUCACUUCUGACUGGCUGAAUGAAUACUGGGAUGCCAUAGGCCUGGAUGAUUAUCGAUUUGUCUACAUGGGACCUAAGGGUUCAUGGACUCCUUUUCACGCCGACGUCUUCCGCUCCUACAGCUGGUCUGCCAAUAUCUGCGGGAAAAAGAAAUGGCUGCUCUAUCCCCCCAGGCAGGAGGAGUACCUUAGAGAUCGCCAUGGUAACUUGCCCUUCGAUGUCACUGCGCGUGAUCUUCAGGACAGCAGCAUUUACCCACGCUAUGCCCAAAGCUGCCCUCCUGUUGAAAUCAUCCAGGAAGCAGGGGAAGUAGUCUUCAUCCCUAGUGGCUGGUACCAUCAGGUGUACAACCUGGAGGAUACCAUUUCCAUCAACCACAACUGGGUGAAUGGCUGCAACGUGGCUAUCAUGUGGAGCUUCCUGCAGGAUGAAUUAACAGCCGUCCAACGUGAAAUCAGUGAAUGGAGAGAGACAAUGGAGGACUGGCACCUACAAUGCCAGGUAAUCAUGAAAUCUUGCACAGGCAUAAACUAUAAGGAGUUCUACAACUUCCUUAAGGUAAUUGCAGAGAACAGGAUUUCUGUCUUAAACCACGUUCUAGAUGAAGAAGCUUCAGCAAAGAACACUCACAGAGCUGCCACCUCUGCUCUGGGCAUGCUCCAUGCAGUGUUUGAUUUAAAAAGGACUGUGCAAGUGUUAACAUCCUUAAAUGCUAAUGAGGAUUUCAAGAAACUGAACCCUAAAUCACUGACCCCACCUCCAGAGACAUUACUACACCACUUGAAAGCAGCAAUAGACACAGCACUGUUAUAAUUCUAUAUUUAUUCAAGUAUUUGCAUCUCUUGCAACCUAACUGCAUGUAGACAACUCAUAAAAAGUCUUUAUAUUUUCCCCCCAUUAGAGGUUAAGCACAAUGAGCCUUAAUGUGGAUAGGGAGGACGCGGAUACAGAAUCAAGAGAAAAAGCAUGUUAGGAAACUGAGUACACGACAUUAAAUUUCCCAUUUAUAUUGAAAUCACCCUAAAAAGGAAAGAAGUCUCCAGCAGAGUCAGAGAUUAGAUUCAUGCCAUGUAGUAGAAUCCAAGCAGCUAAACUGACCAUAGCAGGAAGAAGUUAUGGUCCUUUGAAUCAGCCACAUAGGAAAUUCAGCCAUUGGAGUUGUCUAGAACCAAAAGAAUGAACUUUUGAGAUGUAGCCUCUCAAUUCUACACACCAAAGCAUCUGUAUUUUAACAAGUUCACCUCUCUGUACUGAGAUCACCUA